AUGAAGAUUAUCUCCUGGAAUGUUCAAGGUUUAAAGUCUGUUGCAACUAGGAAUCAUCUCUCUGAUCUUAUUAGAACUCAGAAUCCUGAUAUCAUUUUCCUUUGUGAAACAAAAACCUGUCAGGAUAAAAGUAAACCUGUCAUAAGUCACUAUCAAUACCCUAAUCAAGCCUUCAUUGAACCAGUAGGCUUAUCAGGUGGUUUAGUUAUUUUAUGGAAAAAUGGUUUCACUUGUGAACUACUUAUGUUUAACUUAGUUGUUCAACAUGAACCCAGCAAACCUGAAUUUUUACUUUCAUGUGUGUAUGGCUAUCCUAGCUUUGCUAAGAAAAAAGACCAGUGGAAUUACAUCCAACAGAUAGGUAGCAAUCACAAUGGUCCAUGGAUUCUUAUUGGUGAUUUAAAUUUUCACCUUCGAGAUGAUAAUACUAGAGUAUCUUCUUCAGCCAAUGGGUUUGUUAUUGGCAUUAUUAACUAUUAUGGUCUUGAGGAUAUUGGGUAUGUAGGCAAAGACUACACUUGGACUAGAAAUAAUCUAGGUACUGGAACUAGAAGAUUAAGGAUAGAUAUGGCCUUAGGGAAUGUAUAUUGGAACCUAAAUUACCCUAACUCAAAACUAAUGCAUCUUACUCAAGUUAGCAGUGAUCAUAGUCCUAUAAUGCUUGUUUCUGAUUCUAGCAUUCCUAAAUGUUGGAAAUCUUUUAAGUUUUUUCUUACUUGGUUGAAUGAUGAAGCUUGUGUUGCGGUGAUUGAGAAAGCUUGGAAGAUUAGUAUUUCUGGAUCUCCUGGUUAUCAACUAAUCGAAUGGCUUCAAUCAACAAGAAAAGAGCUAUCUUUGUGGAAUAAGAGUCAUUUUGGUAAUGUUAAUCAAAAAGUUUAUGAUUUGCAAAAAGAACUUGCUACCUUACAAGCUCAACCUCCUUCUUAUGUUAAUCACAACAAAAUUCUCAGCAUUAACAAGGAUUUAAACAAUUGGCACAAAAGAGAGAGGAAUUCUAUCAUCAAAAAUCCAGAGAUCGCUUCAUUAAUAAUAUGGACAACAAUAGCAAAUUUAUUCAGGAUUCUUCCUGCAAUCAUAUCUGAGGAUGGAAAUCUUCUUCUUAUGACCAUUCCUUCACAUCAAGAGAUUCAUGAUACUCUUAAAAGUGUGGAGAAAUGGAGUGCUCCAGGACUUGAGGGAUUUCAAGCAGGUUUCUAUAAAAGCCAAUGGAAUAUUAUUGGUGAAUAUGUUUGCCAGAUGAUCACUAGAUUCUUUGAAACCAAGCAUAUUCUGAAACAGAUAAAAAAAACUUACAUCCCUCUUACCCCUAAAAAGAAAACGCCUACUUGUGCAGCUGAUUAUAGACCAAUUGGUCUAUGUAAUACCACUUACAAGAUUAUAUCCAAACUCAUUGUCAAAAUACUUAAGCCUUUAAUAGAGAAAAUUAUAUCACCAUAUCAGGCAGCUUAUGUCACUGAAGAUUAA